GAUUCUUCAAAGAACCGUUCCGGCGCCCUGUUCUUUCACUCUCCACUUCCCAGGCUGCAUUGCCUGGCUGAACUGCUGUGUCCGCUUGUUCUGUGCGGGAGAAGAGAUUACAUCUGAGGUAGCGCCAGCUCCUUUGGGCAUAAGUUUCAUAAAAUUAGUUGCUAGCGACAGGAAAAUAUAAUUGUUUGGCGACUACCUCUGAUGAGUAAUCGGUUUUCUUUAAAUAUCUUAUAAGAAAAUUAUACACAUUGGAAUCAUGAGUAGCAUAACAUCUGAUGUCGACGAAAGGAUUGUCGAUGAGGUGGAAGCUUUAAAAGCUAUUAUGAUGGAUGAAGUAAUUGUAAAAUGCGAUGAAAAUGGUUUCCCUUCGUCUGUGGAAACAGUUGUAUUUCCUGCAACUGCUGAUGAUGCCAUGCGGAAGUAUGUUUGUGUCACUUUAGUUGUUGAGUUACCUGAAGGCUAUCCAGAUAAAACUCCUAAUGUGAUGUUGAGAAAUCCCAGAGGUCUGGAUGACUCAGUAUUAGAGAAAAUUCAGGUGGAUAUCAAGGAAAAGUGUUCUGACUACACUGGGCAGCCUGUUAUUUAUGAGUUAAUUGAGCUAGUCAAAGAACAUUUGACAGCUAGUAAUUUGCCUUCUUGUCAAUGUGCGAUUUGCCUGUAUGGAUUUUCGGAAGGCGAUCAAUUUACAAAAACAGAAUGUUAUCAUUAUUUUCAUUCCUAUUGUUUGGCUUCUCAUGUAGUAAAUACAGAAAAAAGUUUUAAAGAAGAACAAGAAAAAUUGCCAGCAUGGCAAAGAGUUCAAAAGACUUUCCAGGUUCAAUGCCCUGUAUGUAGAGAGCCUAUUGCCUAUGAUAUGGGCUUGCUCACCAGUGCUCCUCCGCCUUUGGAUGUAGAAAAUGCCAGGCAAUUUGAGUUGAAUGAUGAACUCCGAAGUUUACAACAGAAAAUGGCAUCUCUCUUCAGUUACCAGAAAAGUCGUGGAGGAAUUAUUGACCCAGAAGCGGAUGACUCAAAACUCGUACUUGUCACAAACACUCCAACGGAGGAAGCCCCAGCUGGUCCCAGCUUACCUCCGCCUCCGCCUGUGCCAAAAACUGAUAAACCGCCAACGAGCAGUGAAGGUUACGGCUUUAGAGGAGAGUGGCGAAGGGGUCGAAGUACUUUUGGCCGCGGGCGGGGGGGCUUCAGAGGGAGGAAAUCCAGUGGAGGUUCAGCUCGAGGUCGGCAGUUUCAGCCUGCUGUGUCCAGAUGACGAAGGCUCAUAUUAAGGUUAAUUUCCAGCAAGAGAGAAGUAUGGCGGAUAUUAAUAAUUUAAACAUAGCAAGUCAACUUAAAACAACAUUGCCUUUGUUGUUAGAUGUAACUUAUAUCAACAUUUUUGUGUAAAUAUUUCAGUUCCUGGAACAAAUGACUUAACAUACUCUCACAUAAUUUAUGUUGUGAUAUUCAUUCUUUUAGGAUGCUUUAUGUAUGUCAAUUUCAAAUAUAUUAUGGUAAUAGAAUUUCAAUUUGAAUUAUUUAUUACCUUAUACCAGUUUUUUGUAAAUGUGAAAAUUAAAUAUUUUGUUCAUAAACCUGUUUUUUUAAUUUACUUUAGAUGUUCCUCCUGCAUCACCUUCCUUUUUUUAUUUUGAUGAUUCUCCUUAUUUGAUUUUUAUUACCAUGUUUUUACCUCUAUUUAUAUUUUACAUUUGUGCUUAGUUUUUAUAUUGGGUCAUUUUGCCUUUUAUAUACUACAUGCUAUUAUGUUUACAACAUUUUAUGUUUGUUUUUAAUUUGCCGCAUAAGAGGUAUUUUUUUGAAAGUUCUAUUUUGGGACCAUUAUUGUGAAUGUAAAACCUAUCAUAAUUUAUCUUGAGUUAUUUUAUUGUUCUACCAUUUAGAAUUUAUGGAAGA